AUGUCUUUUGUUAUUGUUGGUUGUGCAGGCAGAUCUUCUCCUCGCCCUCGAUCAACAGCUUCACACAGCCCAUCUAUUCAUACUGAAAGAUCUUCUCCACGUCCUUCAAGCUACAGUUCACCUCCUAAGACUGGAAGAUCUACUCCACGCACUGCAGGCUACACUCCAUCUCCUCAGACUGCUAGUCAUGACUCCCACUCGAGCGAAAAUACUAGUAACGAUCAUGGCUUCUUCUCGAGGGGACGUAGUAGUAGUAGUGAUGAUGCUUAUGACUUCUUCCGGAGGAGACGUAGAAGUAGUAGUGAUGACGAAGGGAUGUUUUCUGGUUUCAUAGACGAAAUUAAGGAUGCUAUAGAAAACUACCGAACCUCUAAGAAAGACCCUGUAGCAGCAGCAGCCGAAGUUGCAAGUACCAGUGGUUCUAUUGCAUGUGUCACUCAAGCCAAAGCUUUCCAAGAUGUAAGUAAUAACCACUUUAUAUGCAUUGCAUCUAUCUAUUCUAUUAAAACAUUCCUAUUGAUAUAUGUGUGGUCAAACUAUUUUAAUACAUUAUUAAAAUCUCUUACUAAUUAUUUAAGAAAAAUGUUAUACAAAUAAAAAGACAAACAUGACUAAAAACACAAAUAUAAAAAUUAAAUUUCUAAAAAAUAUAAAACAAAAAAUAUACCCCCAUAAUUUAGUUGUGUACUAUAACUUCAGAAACUUAGGAUGCAUGUGGCUUAUAAUAUAUUUGCAUUAGGUUUGGUUUGUUUAUUCAAAAUUAACAAAAAAGCUAGACUUGGAAAUGAUAUUUGGUUACGUUCUUCUAUUAUCUAUUGUCGAAUCUUAAUAUUUAUUCAAAGCUUAUCUUUGUGUUUUAUAUGUGUAGUGCCUCGACGAGAAUGAAACAGACAUUAAUAAAUGUCAGUCCUUGAUGGACAUGUGGUGUAAGUGCAAGAAGAGUUCCAAGCUAACCACCUAAAACCAUUAAUCCUUAUUUGCAAGUUACCAAACAGUUCUUGAAAUUUGUAUUUCUUCAUUACUCUGAAGAAGAACCCUCUCAUGGUCUUUUAUCCUUUCUGUCAAUGUUUAGGAUCUUGUCUUUUUCUCAUUAUGUCAAUGUUUUUCA